GCUCUGUAGACACGUUCAGUCAAUAAUUUGGCACUUUAGUUAAUCUUAGUUAAAAUUUAAGUAAUCUGCCUAAAACUGUCAGCGAUGCACCGUCGUCAGGCAAAAACUCAGGACUGCAUUUGAAUUUAAAUCUGCCAUCGCUAUUGGCUAAGAGGUACAUUAUGAUGUUAGAUGGUACAUUAUGAUAUCACAAUGUCUUGAGUGUGUGUAUUUGUUAGUGGCGCCGCCCUCUCGGUCUGCUAGGCAACAGCAUUUGAUGCAUUUUUCAAACAGGAAGUGGGAGUUGAGUAAGAAUCUGGCAGGGGGUGACUUGCUCUUUAAAUAUGGCAUUGCUAUUGGCUAAGAAGUACCUUAUGACGUCAGCUGAUACCAUAUGUUGUCACAAUGCUGUUGUGAGCCUGUGUGUUUGUGUGUUUGUUAGCGGCGUCGCCCUCUCGGUCUGCCAAGCAACAGCAUUUGUUGCAUUUUUUAAACUAGAAGUGGGAGUGGAAUAAGACUCUGGUAGGGGGGUGACUUGCUCUUUAAAGUAUGCUUUGUGGAAGUAUGAUUAAUGUAUUUAUUGAAUUCCACACACAAAUGGCCCCACAUAGCUCUGCUAGUUGCUCUUAUGCUUAGAGGAGGUUUAAGGAGCAUUUCUGGCUUAUGUUUUCCCCUUGUUGCCCGUUAGAGAACUGUGUAAAUGUGACAGAAUUUCCACGGUGAAUCAUUCUUUUAGGAGAGUGUUUGCAACAAGCAUCGCCAGUAGCGAGAUAAGCCUACAUACAAAAAUGAAGAAAUUGUCUAAACAUAGAAAACCGUCUUUCUUGGAGAGUCGUGACAUCAGCAGAUUGUAAGAGUCCCAUUAGAAAACGCUAUUAUCAACUACUCUAACUGCUUAUUUCCAUCAUUUGUUUGCAGCUCAGUAAUUAGUCCCUCAGGUGACGGAGUCCCUCGUUCCUCCUCACUUACCUCACAAGCGAUUUAACAUUUGUAUUUUACAACAAACACAAUGUAAUCCUAAAUCUUUAGAGUCUUAUUAUGUUUUAUCUUUGUCUCACAUUUGUAAAUAAGUUCACAAAAACAUCAAACACACGGAAGCCUCUGGUCUCCUAGCAACCAGAUUAGGGUCCCUGCAUCGUGCCUCUUUGUUAAAGAUUUCCGUUGUGCUGAAUCUUUGAAGAGGAAUCUAUUUCAAGCUCCAUAACCUUCCACUAUUUCUUAAUCCCAGACCGAGCGUGUUUGCGGUUUGAUGCACGCUGUGCCCGCUAGUGAGUCACAGAAAAAGAGCUGCGGCAGAGUUUAUCAGGACGUCUCUGGAAAGUUGUUGGAGACCUGACGUGGUGGUGACUCGUUUCCACAGACAGAUUCAUCUAGCCGUGUCUCGUGUAACGGAGCCUUUUGAAGCUACAUCUUUCUCUUCGUUCCCGGCUGAUGUUUUUCAGUCCUCUGGCAUUUGCUGAGUCUCUCGUACGUGUAUCUCUUGCUAGGUCCCUGAGCUUUGUCUGAAGUCAUGGUAACAGCACAAGCUUCACAACCUCGGUCUGUCUCUUUGCCGGCUGGCUGUCACUCCCAUGGGUGGGAUGUAGUACAGCUUCUCUCACUGUGAACAUUUACUAGAGGUCUUAUAGGUCUUUCUGCUGAAAACUGAGCCGAACUUUGAUGAAAAGGUGAAUGAAGAUUUCCGUCGUGCUUUAAGUGGUUGCCUGUGUUUGCGUCCAUGGACACCGUAAAGACUGAAGGAGCCCACCCCGCUUACAGCCGCUGGUCGUACAGACCAUCUAGCUCUGCCAGCUUCUCUUCAAACUCAACAUCAAGUGGCAUAGAAGAUGACAGUGUCAGUUUUAUGCAGCAGAAACUGGAACGACAGAGGGCGCUGCUGGAGCAGAAACAACGGAGGAAGCGUCAAGAACCUCUGAUGGUCCAGCCCAACACAGAGGCUCGGCCCCGUCGCCCCAGGACACGGCGUGGCGAGGAACAGGCCCCGCUGGUGGAGCGUCUGCUCAACGGCACCAACGACGUCCUCAUAGAAGGAAUCGAUGGUCCUGCAGCUUUCCUCGGCUCAGAGACACCAGACAUGGGAAUGACAAUUCAGAUUCUGUCAGUGAGCCAGACCGAGUCCCCUAAGUCCGUCUGUCAGCCUCAGCCUGAGUCCCCCACGGCUGAGGAGACAGUGGGAGUCGGAGACACGGAGACACUGAUAGGACCCAAGAUCGAUAUCCAGGAGAUGCUGCAGAAACAAGGUUUGUGCGGAAGCAUGAACUUUGACGAAGCCAGCGAGAAAGAGGAGGAAGCAGAGGAAGAGCCGCCGUGUUCCCUGGACGCUCAGGGAGACGCUGACAGACCCGCUUCUGCUGCGAGCGGCAAAAACGUUCCUGAGGCUGGAAUCCCUGGAUCCACCUCAGCAGAAAGCUUAGCAACGGAUAUAGCGAAUCUAGAGGAGUUUGUGUUGCGUCCUGCGCCACGUAACGUCACCGUUAAGUGCAGGAUUACCCGAGACAAGAAGGGAAUGGACCGCGGCCUCUACCCCACCUACUACAUGCACAUGGAGAGAGAUGAUGGCAAAAAGGUGUUUUUGCUGGCUGGAAGAAAGAGGAAGAAGAGCAAAACAUCCAACUACCUGAUUUCAGUGGAUGCCACCGAUUUGUCACGGGGGGGAGAGAGCUUCAUCGGAAAACUGAGGUCCAACCUAAUGGGCACCAAAUUUACAGUGUAUGAUAAUGGCACCAAUCCCAGUAAAAACCUCGGGGCACUGCUGGAGGACAGCACCAUGAGGCAGGAGCUGGCCGCUGUCUGCUACGAAACCAAUGUGCUGGGAUUCAAAGGGCCGCGUAAAAUGACGGUUGUCAUCCCUGGCAUGAACAUGACCUUUGAGCGAGUUCCAGUACGGCCUCAAAAUGAACAGGAGAGCCUCGUGAGCAGGUGGCAGAAUAAUUCAAUGGACAACCUGAUUGAGUUGCACAACAAAGCCCCCGUGUGGAAUGAUGACACCCAGUCCUACGUGCUGAACUUCCACGGCCGUGUAACACAAGCUUCGGUGAAGAACUUUCAAAUUGUCCACGACAAUGACCCUGACUACAUAGUCAUGCAGUUUGGCAGAAUCGCCGAAGACAUCUUCACCCUCGACUUCAAUUACCCCAUGUGUGCCCUGCAGGCUUUUGCCAUCGGCUUGUCGAGCUUUGAUAGCAAGUUGGCCUGCGAGUAGAAGACUGUUUUUCCUCCCCUCGUGCAGUUUUACAGGGAUUGCUUCUGUUAGUAGUUUACCCACUUGUGUGCAGUGUAUUUCUAAAUGUGCACAAGCGUGCAGGUUUAAAGGGACGCCCAGCAGUACAGGAGGCAGUUGCUCUUCUGAGACUCAAAGUGCAAAAGCGAGCAACGUUUUGUGAAAUGAAUCUGUGUUCAUUUUCUUUUAUCCAGUUUUUUCUUUUCUCUAAACAGCCUGCAGAAUUAACAGCUCUGAAAUAGGUAGCAUGGCCUCCCCUCUGGCGCCACCUGCAGGCUAAAAUCUAGAUAUCUUGUGACGUGAGGAACUUUAACAGUCUAAAUGCAUCUGUGAGGUUUUAAUCCUUGUUUUUACAUUUUCAAAUGUGGCUGUAAAACAAAUAUUUGGCACGAGUCUGUCAUUAUUUUUAUCCUUUUCUCAUUCAUCCUUGUGUCAAAGGAGUUCAUGUGUGUGUGUGUGUGUGUGUGUGUGUGUGUGUGUGCGUCUAGAAAGGGUGUUUUUGUGAGUAACUAUGUUUUUGCAGCUGUGAUGUUCCUUUUGUUUUUGUAUUUUGUUGUUGUUAUUGAAUUACUACAAAAACAAAUGCAGAAUUGCACAUUUUAUGAUCAAGAAAACACGUGUUGUAUGUAACAUGUUACAUAUUGCCUUGUUUGUUUGUCACAUUUAUUAAUAUAGAAAAAUUCAUCUCAAGAAAGGAUUUAAACAUUUUUGUCCUAAAGUUAAGGAUCAAACACUAAAAAUGCUCUCAUUAGUUUGGUAUAUAUAUAUAUAUGAAUAUAUAUAU